CGUCCCUCUGACGGAGAAAUAGCUACGCUAGCUAGACGAUCUCGUUCCGAGAGGCGCCGCCCUUUCCCGUCCCUCCCCGCGACGUGCCGCACCACCCCCUCACCGGGCCCUCCAGUUGCCGCUUCCCCUCCCCUCCCCGCUCUCCAGCUCGCCGCGGCACCUUGCUCCGCUGCCUCCUGCCGGUCCACCUCCUCUGUCCCUCCCGCCCCUCCUCUGUCUCGGCCCCCGCUGCAUCUGCAAGCAGCAGCACAUUGCGCACUGCUGACUGACGUGAGGAAUCGUCUACGCUAAAAUAAAAGAGCGAGGAAUCGUCGCCGGCGACGGCGAGCGACCGCGCACGCCGGAGGCAGCUGGAGGGAGGAAAGGGACUGCGGAGAGGAGAUGUUCACGAACGCGCAGCGACAGGUCGAGCGCACUGGCCGCGGCGGCACUCCGAGAGACCAGUACCUUCAGGAUCUUGUGACCCAGUUCCAGGACUCCACGGAUGAAGGGUACAAGGAGAGAAUUGUUGCAAACUUGUCAAAUUUCGCAUAUGACCCUUAUAACUACGCCUUUAUGCGCCAGCUGAAUAUUCUCGAGUUGUUCUUGGACUGCAUUACGGAACCAAAUGAAAGACUUGUUGAGUUCGGCGUUGGUGGAAUAUGUAAUUCAUGUGUUGAUCCAGCAAAUGCUUCUGUUAUUACUCAAUGUGGUGGAAUCCCAUUGGUUGUACAAUGCUUAUCUAGCCCAGUUAAGAAUACAGUGAAUUAUGCACUUGGAGCCUUGUACUACUUAUGCAACCCGUCGACAAAGAACGAGAUAUUGAAACCGGAUGUACUUAGGAUCAUAAGAGACUAUUCUGCAGCUGGAGCCGUCAACAGCAGCUUCAGCAAUCUGGCAAAUGCAUUUCUGGACAAGCACGUCAACUCGUGAUGUCAGUUCAGAACUGCAGAUGACUUGUCGCAGAUGUCCUACAAAAGGUUCAGGAUGGUGGAUUCAUUUCCCCAAUGUCGCUCAUCCCCAAGGUAAGGGUACACUCCUGUGUAGAAUUCUAGUACGCUCUUUGCCGCUUUCUCCUUGAAAGAUGUGAAACUUGGGUGAAAAUAGAUAUAAAAAAAGACAACAAAGCUAUCUGCUGCUUUACUUGCUGAGUUGUGUUACUCACUCACUGUAGUCUGAUAUAUGUAGAGAGAAAGGCAGGGGUAGUACUUAGACAAGUAGGUGAGCUUUAUUUGUUGUAUCAAAACUUAUCUAGGGUAGAAAGCUAGGUAGCUAUAUUCAUUAUCCAAGUACAAACGUGGUAAAGAUAUUUAUUUAGUUUUUUCUUCGAAACAGAGGAAUAAGCUUUGCCUCAUCCAUUAAUUAAAGGAGAACUAGAGAGUUGAGGUUGCAAUACGACACAAAAGCGUCAGCAAUAAAUACAAGAAAGGCCACCACUCUCCCGGCAUGAGUUCACCCAAACGUUUUGCACCCACUAUGACCUAAAGUCUUGCCUCAUUUUUGUUCCCUUCCAUGAGAAUUGUGGGAGGGGCGGAUUCGUAGCGGAAGACUUCAUUUUAAAUGGUCCAACUCAUCGCACUCCUAUCCUAAACGUUGCUUUCGGACAUAUUGAUCCACCAAUCUUUUGUGGACCCAAGCGGCAGUGUCGAUGUGUACAAGUUGAAGCCAAUCCCUAACCAAACCCCAAGCCUCAAAGUGUAGCGGCAUUUGUAAAGAUAUUUAGCUUCAUGCAUAGAUAUACAAUCUCAUAAUGUUGAAGCCAAUCCCUAACCAAACCCCAAGCCUCAGUUGGUACAAACUGAAAUCUUAUACAAUCUCAUAAGAAUUUAGCAAGCACAUCUCAUGGAUUUUUUUUGUGAGUAAGCACAACUCAUGGUUCUUCUAAAAGUGUUAACAAUCUCACCAGUAUCAGUGUGUCUCACUUGGUGCCUGCUUCUGGUGUGCAGGAGUAUUCAAGUGCUGAAAUAGACCUCUGUUAAUUUUCCUUUUGAUAUUCUUCUUGGGUCAUCAAGUGAAUCAUUGUGGUUCCACUAGUCUCCAUUUAUGUGAACAAAGAGUUUCAUACACUAAAAAUAUACAUGCCAUGUAAGUAAGGCAGAUUAUUAUGAAAGACCUUCAAAAGCUUAAAAAGGAAGAAAAAGGCCCCAAGUUCAAAUUUCAGAGUCUGCUGUGGACAAAAGUGAUGACUUCUCAACAUUGUCAAGAUUCGCAGCUGCACUACAUAUGAUUCAGCAGUUAUUGUUCCUCGCAAAAAAAAAAGUUAUUGUUCGCAUUACAUUACACUGUCAAGUUGUGUAGCUCGAGACAUCCUUCUAUCGCCGUAGUAGGUGAAAUGGCAUUUUCAUUGUCUGAAUUUUACACCCUAAAUAUGUAAACUCCGUGAAUUACAUCAUGUUAAUGCUGAGUAAUUUUUCUAACAAGCUCUUUUAUUUCUCAGUGAUGUGAAGCUUGGGCGAAUAGAUCAAUACGAUGGUGUGUAAGACAAGUAAGGAUGACGGCACUCAAAACCGUUGAAUCAAAAAUCAAGGCUGCAAAGCUGGGGGAUAGCAGUGGGUGAUGCUGCACACAUCGACGGCUGCAACAGAACCGGCAGCUGUCUGCACUCGAGUGCCAUGUACGCUACAGGUGCAGGCUAAGCACCUUGUGGCCGGAGACAGAACAAUGCGAUCUACUAUGUUCUUGUGGAAGUUGAAUUAUUUUCCCGAAUGCAUCUCAUCCCCUAUAGGUCGUACCAGGAUAGCAGUUUCAUCUUUUCUUUCUCACGCUCAAAGAUGUCAAACUUUGGUGAAUGGAGAUGGGAACCUGAGAUCAAGGAAACGAGAACAUUGUUUGCUUCA